AUGGAGACGUUGGUUUUUCGCGACAGGGCAUCCUUUCACGUCGCCGAUUACGUCAUAUUCGGACUGACAGUGGCCAUCUCAUCCGGCGUCGGGAUUUACUUCGCCGUCGCUGGCGGACGUCAAAAGACGACGUCGGAAUACCUGGUUGGAAAUCGGAAGCUACACGUCGUACCUGUGGGGUUGUCUUUGAUUGUUUCGUUCGAGUCGUCCAUCUUCAUGCUGGGCUUCCCUGCAGAGGUCUACGGUCACGGGACGCAGUUCUGGAUGGUUCACGUUGGACUGAUUCUUACCUUCCUGUGUGUAGCCCAAGUCAUUGUCCCGCUUAUGCACCCAUUAGGGAUAACCAGUGUUUACCAGUACUUAGAACUGCGUUACAGGUCUCGGACGGUUCGCCUUCUAGCCUCUAUCCUGGGAAUUCUCUACCAGACGUUUUACAUGGGAAUAGUGCUUUAUGGCCCCGCCACAGCACUGGAGGCAGUUACGCAGUUUCCGGUUACCUACUCCAUUUUCCUGGUUGCUGCGGCCUCCGUAUUUUACACGUCUCUGGGCGGCAUUAAGGCAGUGGUUUGGACUGACGCUCUGCAGUUUCUCGUCAUGCUCGGUGGACUCAUGGCUCUUAUCAUUGUGGGCUGCAUUUACGUCGGAGGAUUUGACAAGAUGUGGCAGCUCAAUGUAGACGGGGGCAGGGUGAAAUUCUUUGAGUAA